CACUCUCUCACCAAUUUUCCAUAACACGCGAUGCCAGAACAGCCACUAUCGAAAAACCAGUGCUGACCCUAGGUACAAGACGGCAUCUGCAUCAACAAUUCCUGAAUUGACACUCAUAUUCGGCAACGGGCCCUUCGAGACCAUCGCGGGUCAUGCCGCUGUCGCCUGCCCAGCAUUCUCUCUCUCUCUCUCUCUCUCUCUCGCUCUCUCUCUCUCUCUCUCUCUCUCUCUCUGCUUCUCCAAAAACAAGAGCGGGGACCGAACAUCGUCAUUUAGGUCGCGGAAUACCGCCCGUCGACCGGUUGACCAGGAGAGCGAGAACCUCGCUAUCAAUACAGACAGUCACGGGCAAGCUGCUGCAGUCUCGUACGUCUGCCAGAACUGCUGGGGAUAAUGACCAAGCAACGCGAAUUUACUUCAGGAAGUCAACGGGACUGCGUCUGACUCUAUAAACAACCCUGCGAUCCAGUCACCAUUGCCUGCUCUCCAAUGAAGAACAGGCCGUGGAAGUGAAUCUCGAUGUCGAUUCCACUUGCACACUCAGUGUGCUUCCCAGACAAGCCAGCUCGCGCUUCUCGACGUGUCAG